CAAGAUGGGGAUUUGCUUGUCAGUGAGGUGGACAGAACGCUCUGGAGAGGUCGGACUGCUGACAAAGAUGGUGUGCGUAUGACUCUGUUUCGACGACCUCCAUUCUGAAUUUGAACCUUCCUUGGUGCCCUCGUAACGCAUGCAUUCAAGAAGCAAGAAACAUCGAUCUGAACCCUGAAAUGACAACUGAACGCAAGGCCGGGUGAAAGCAGCUACCAGCUUCCCUCAGCCGAUUCUCACCGCUGCUUCUUUCAAGAAAGAGCUCUUCAACAAAUUGGCCAGAUGGUGCCGAGGUCAAGAAACUCCAGCAGAAGAUCCAUAACUCAUGAGCAUUUAUGCCGAGUACUUUGUCAGAGGGAUGCGAGAGGAGUACGAGGGACAAACUAUCAAAACGAGUGGCAAAGGUCCAGCGCAAUUGAAGACUUCUGUCUGCUGCAAGCACUUCACAGCAUACGACAUAGAUCAGUGAUAAGACGUAGAUCGAUACGAUUUCGAUUCCAAAGUAAGUCAUGGUUUUUCCUCAACUAGUCUCUUGUCAUUAAUGACAAGAGAUGAGUUGAGGAGAAACCAUGUCCUGAUCGGAAUUCUCCAAUCACCCCAUGCAAAACAAGCGCGAUCACCUAAAGCGAUCGCUAUGUGAAACCUCAACUGAACGCAAUCCGCGAUCAAGUUCGCAGUAUGAAAAUGUAAGAAAAGAGAGAGCCUUGAGCAAUUUGUAGCUUCGCUGCCAACGCGGAACGGGCUUGGAGCGUUCGGGUGAAGUUAU